UCAGCUUCAGAGACAAGAGGGAAAAAGCAAUUUUAAGGCUGUUUGAAAUCAGGCUUAAAGGUGUAAAGUUAAUUAAUUUUAAAAAUGGCAAUCACUAGCAUUGCGUUCGGAUCUCCUGCAGAGGUCGGCCAGAUUGAUGCGCUCAAGGCAGCCUUAGCAGAGUUCAUUUCCAUGCUCAUUUUUGUCUUUGCGGGAGAAGGUUCUGGCAUGGCUUUUAACAAGCUUACCGACGAUGGCUCAUCAACACCGGCCGGGCUAGUAGCCGCGUCGCUGGCUCACGCUUUUGCACUCUUUGUUGCGGUUUCAGUUGGUGCCAACAUUUCCGGCGGGCACGUAAACCCUGCUGUUACAUUCGGUGCCUUCCUUGGUGGCCACAUAACAUUCAUUAGAAGUAUUCUGUACUGGGUUGCCCAGUGCCUUGGAUCUGUUGUUGCCUGUUUGCUUCUUAAGCUUGCAACUGGUGGAUUGGAAACAUCAGCCUUCUCUCUAUCAUCUGGAGUUGGUGUGUGGAAUGCAGUUGUUUUCGAAAUUGUGAUGACCUUUGGUUUGGUUUACACCGUGUAUGCAACAGCUGUUGACCCGAAAAAGGGUGACAUCGGGAUAAUUGCACCCAUUGCUAUUGGUUUCAUCGUGGGUGCUAACAUUUUAGCUGGUGGUGCUUUUGAUGGUGCAUCCAUGAACCCCGCAGUCUCCUUUGGACCAGCAGUCGUGAGCUGGACAUGGGACAACCACUGGGUCUACUGGCUCGGUCCAUUCGUUGGCUCUGCAAUUGCUGCCAUUGUCUACGAGGUCUGUUUCAUUAGCCCAGCCACACACGAGCAGAUCCCCUCUUCAGACUUCUAAGAAGAUGAAAACACGUACUUUGGAUGAAACAGGGUUGAAGGUUUGGAUGAUGUUGGUGUUGUUGCGUUGUUUAUAAUUCUGGUUUUUCUGUUAUUAUUCGAUUCCAGUUACCUUUGUCAUGUUUUUCCUUAAGAAUUUCCCACUUGUGCCCACUCGACAUGGUUUAGGUGAAUGCUUCCGCUUCGAUUGAGACAAUUGCUGGGAAAUUGAUCCUA